AAGGAGUUGAGCAAGUCCUACAUCUCCAGCUCUCAUCUCUCUCUCAAGUAAAACCCUAAAUUACGAUCUUCCCUCUUUCUCUUUCUCUUUCUGCAAAUUUCUUCACAUCUUCUCUUCUUUUUCUUCAUUUCUUCAUCACUGUCGAUUCAUUCUCUCUCUAUUGGCCGGUCGAUUCAUUGUUCAUACUUUCUCACUAUCUCAUCAAGGGCUUCUUAUUUUCCCGCUCUUAAGAUUUCGCUUUUCUCUCGCUUCAUUUCACGUGAUUUUCGGAACAUUUCUUUGCUUAAUUAAGGAUUUAACUGAGGUAUAACAAGCUGGCGGAAGUUGAGAUUUCGUGAUGGCGGAUCCGCCAGACUCCCGCCUACUCUUAGUUCUUGAUUACUCUUUAAGAUUGCUAUUCGAGUUUGAAAAUCGUAACAGUGUGCAAAAUAACGAUACGGAAGUAUGCUGACCGUGCUGCGUGUACACCUUCCUUCUGACAUUCCGAUAGUAGGCUGUGAGCUAACGCCUUAUGUCUUGCUGCGUCGUCCUGACAAAACAUUAUGGGCCGAUGAUAUCUCUGAAUCCGCGUCACUCGACGGUUGCUUCUUGAGAUACAAAUGGUACCGAGUUCAAAGUGAUAAGAAAAUUUCAAUUUGUAGUGUACAUCCUUCUGAACAAGCCACCUUACAGUGUUUAGGAUGUGUUAAGGUCAAGAUACCAGUAGCCAAAAGUUACCAUUGCACUGCUAAAUGCUUUUCUGAUGCAUGGCAACAUCACCGGGUUCUACACGAGCGUGCUGCAAUUGCCGAGAGUGAAAAUGGAGCUGAGGAUGAAGAAUUGUUUGGGCGUUUCAAUAGUACAGGAGCUGCUGCUAGCUUAUCUUCUUCCCAGUCUAAUCCUAAUUUGGCAAUUGCUGCCACACCUGUAUUCCCUGCAACAAUUACCCAGAGGAAUGGUGGGGAAACAUGGUUUGAAGUUGGACGUUCUAAGACGUAUACUCCAACAGCAGAUGACAUUGGUAAUGUACUACAAUUUGAAUGCGUUGUAAUAGAGGCAGAAACCAAACUUUCGGUUGGUCAUGCAAGUACUUUACUGACAUCUCGCGUCAUACCAGCUCCAACCCCUACGCCACGUCGAAUGGUCCCCGUGGUGGUCCAUUUAGAUAAUGAUGUCAGAAUGUCGUCAACAGGAAAUUUUACAGUGCUAUCAUAUAAUGUUUUAUGUGAUAUGUAUGCCACUAGUGAUUCAUACAGUUACUGUCCUUCGUGGGCUCUUUCAUGGCCUUACCGCAAACAGAAUUUGCUAAGGGAAAUAGUUGGUUAUGGUGCUGAUAUUGUUUGUCUGCAAGAGAUUCAAAGCGACCACUUUGAAGAGUUUUUUGGACCUGAGCUGGACAAGCACGGUUACGAGGCUUUAUAUAAGAAAAAAACUGCAGAGCUUAUCAAUGGGAAUAGUGCUAGCAUAGUUGAUGGUUGUGCAACAUUUUUCCGUAGGGGCAGAUUUUCACAUGUCAAGAAAUACGAGGUUGAAUUUAAUAAAGCUGCACAAUCACUCACUGAUGCUUUCAUUCCUGCUCCUCAGAAGAAAAUUUCACUUAAUCGAUUGGUGAAGGACAAUGUUGCGCUAAUAGUUGUUCUUGAAGCAAAAUUUAGUAAUCUGGGGGUUGAUAAUCCUGGAAAACGCCAGCUUGUCUGUGUGGCAAAUACUCAUGUCAACGUUCAUCAAGAGUUAAAGGAUGUGAAGCUCUGGCAGGUCCAUACUCUCCUGAAAGGAUUGGAAAAGAUAGCUUCCAGUGCUGAUAUUCCCAUGUUGGUCUGUGGGGAUUUUAAUGCUGUACCUGGAAGUUCUACUCAUGCACUUCUUGCAACGGGAAAAGUCGAUCCAUCGCAUCCUGAUCUGGCAGUUGACCCUCUUGGAAUCUUGCGACCUUCCAGCAAACUAACACAUAACCUACCACUGGUGAGUGCUUACUCAAGUUUUGCAAGGCCUGGAGUUGGUCCUGGCUUAGAGCAACACAGAAGAAGAAUCGACGCCUCUACAAAUGAUCCUCUUUUUACAAACUGCACCAGGGAUUUUAUCGGCACUGUUGACUACAUUUUCUAUUCAGCUGAUUGUUUGAUGGUGGAAUCUUUGUUGGAAUUAUUGGAUGAAGAUAGCUUGAGGAAAGAUACCGCACUUCCUUCGCCCGAGUGGUCCUCUGAUCAUAUAGCACUCAUGGCUGAAUUUCGCUGCAACCCGAAAAGACGAGGAUGAUAGUAUUUGCUUGCUGGCUCUGGCUGGUUGGGUGGUAUAAUAAUUCAAUAAUAUUUUGUUUCUCCAGCAGGUCCCCCCAUUGAAUGUCAAAGGUAAACAAACAAAGAUAAGUAAAACUGUAAUAGACUGUCUUCUUUUUUACCAUAAAAAAACAAAAUGUAUCAUGUUGACAUCAUCCAUCCAUCAUCUCUCUUGUAAAAAAAAGAUUCUUAAGCAAGCAAUUUCUCAUUUUCUUUU